GCGUCUGCGCGGAAACCCCCGGGUCCUCCGUCUUCGCCCCCCCCGCGGCGGCGGUCGGUGGGAUUUGCCUUGGGAGGGAGUGACGCUUACGAGAGCCACUUCCUCUGCGCUCGCAGGAAGGAGCCAUGGCUCUGGACGGGAUAAGGAUGCCAGAUGGCUGCUACGCGGAUGGGACGUGGGAACUGAGCGUCCAUGUGACGGACCUGAACCGCGAUGUCACCCUCAGAGUGACCGGGGAGGUGCACAUCGGAGGGGUGAUGCUCAAGUUGGUGGAAAAGCUCGAUGUAAAAAAAGAUUGGUCUGAUCAUGCUCUCUGGUGGGAGAAGAAGAGGACUUGGCUUCUUAAGACACAUUGGACGUUGGAUAAGUAUGGCAUUCAGGCAGAUGCUAAGCUUCAGUUCACUCCCCAGCACAAACUGCUCCGCUUGCAGCUUCCCAACAUGAAAUAUGUGAAGGUGAAAGUGAAUUUCUCUGAUAGAGUCUUCAAAGCUGUCUCUGACAUCUGUAAAACUUUUAAUAUCAGGCAUCCUGAAGAACUUUCUCUCUUAAAAAAACCCAGGGAUCCAACAAAGAAAAAAAAGAAAAAGCUAGAUGACCAAUCUGAAGAUGAAGCGCUUGAAUUAGAGGGACCUCUUAUCACUCCUGGAUCAGGCACUGAUGUUCUUUACAUUGGCCCUCUGAAAGGAAGUAUAUACUCAAGCCCAGGACUUUAUAGUAAAACAAUGACCCCUACUUAUGAUGCUCAUGAUGGAAGUCCCUUGUCACCAACGUCUGCUUGGUUUGGUGACAGUGCUCUGUCCGAAGGCAAUCCUGGUAUACUUGCUGUCAGUCAACCAAUCACAUCACCAGAAAUCUUGGCAAAAAUGUUCAAGCCUCAAGCUCUUCUUGAUAAAGCAAAGAUCAAUCAAGGAUGGCUUGAUUCCUCAAGAUCUCUCAUGGAGCAAGAUGUGAAGGAGAAUGAGGCCUUGCUGCUCCGAUUCAAGUAUUACAGCUUUUUUGAUUUGAAUCCAAAGUAUGAUGCAAUUAGGAUCAAUCAGCUUUAUGAGCAGGCCAAAUGGGCUAUUCUCCUAGAAGAAAUUGAAUGCACGGAAGAAGAAAUGAUGAUGUUUGCGGCUUUGCAGUAUCAUAUCAACAAGCUGUCGAUCAUGACAUCAGAGAAUCACUUGAACAACAGUGACAAAGAAGUUGAUGAAGUCGAUGCUGCCCUUUCAGACCUGGAGAUUACUUUGGAAGGGGGAAAAACAUCAACAAUUUUGGGUGACAUUACAUCCAUUCCUGAACUUGCUGACUAUAUUAAAGUUUUCAAACCAAAAAAGCUGACUCUGAAAGGUUACAAGCAAUAUUGGUGCACCUUCAAAGAUACAUCUAUUUCUUGUUAUAAGAGCAGAGAAGAAGCCAGCGGCACACCAGCUCAUCAGAUGAACCUCAGAGGAUGUGAAGUUACCCCAGAUGUAAACAUUUCAGGCCAAAAAUUUAACAUUAAACUCCUGAUACCAGUUGCAGAAGGCAUGAACGAAAUCUGGCUUCGUUGUGAUAAUGAAAAACAGUACGCACACUGGAUGGCCGCCUGCAGACUGGCCUCCAAAGGCAAGACCAUGGCAGACAGUUCUUACAACCUAGAAGUUCAGAAUAUUCUCUCCUUUCUGAAGAUGCAGCAUUUAAAUCCAGAUCCUCAGUUAAUACCAGAGCAGAUUACAACGGAUAUAAAUCCUGAGUGUUUGGUGUCUCCUCGCUAUCUAAAAAAGUAUAAGAACAAGCAGGAUAAAGGAUGCAAAAAACAGAUGCCAGGCUAUAUAAGAGAUUUGAUAACAGCAAGAAUCUUGGAGGCCCAUCAAAAUGUAGCUCAGAUGAGUCUUAUUGAAGCCAAGAUGAGAUUUAUUCAAGCUUGGCAGUCCUUACCUGAAUUCGGCAUCACACACUUCAUUGCAAGGUUCCAAGGAGGCAAAAAAGAAGAACUUAUUGGAAUUGCAUACAACAGACUAAUCAGGAUGGAUGCUGGCACAGGAGAUGCAAUUAAAACAUGGCGUUUCAGCAACAUGAAGCAGUGGAAUGUAAAUUGGGAAAUAAAAAUGGUCACCGUAGAGUUUGCAGAUGAAGUCCGGCUGUCCUUCAUUUGUACAGAAGUAGAUUGCAAAGUGGUCCACGAAUUCAUUGGUGGCUACAUAUUCCUCUCAACACGUGCAAAAGACCAAAAUGAGAGCUUAGAUGAAGAGAUGUUCUACAAACUUACCAGUGGUUGGGUGUGAAGAGAAAUACUGUAUAAUAAAACUCCAUGGCCAUAACAAUAUUUAACUUUAAAAGCUGUUUUUAUAUGCUGCUUAAUGAAGUAAGCUUGAAAUUUAUUAUUUUAUCAUGAAAACUCGUUUGCCUUACCAGACCAGUUACUGUGUGCACUAACGAGCACGACUAUUAAUCUGCUAUCGUGAAGCUCUGUGGGCUAUUGAAUAUGGCACACAUUCCUUAGGGCCAUGAAUUGGAAACUGAAAUCGUGGGCAGGUCAGGAAAACUGUAAGAAACAAGCCAUCUACUUUAAAGCUAUCCAGGGCUUAACCUAUAUGAAGUCUAUUUAUCAUGUUUAAUGCAUGUGUUUUAAUGUAUGUUUAAUUUGAUGUCAUGUUUUAAAA